AUGGCCAAGGCGGCGGCCUCCUCAGCACUGGAGGACUUAGAUCUGAGCGGAGAGGAGGUGCAGCGGUUCACCUCGGCCUUUCAGGACCCGGAGUUCCGCCGAAUGUUCACCGAGUAUGCCGCGGAGAUCACGGACCCUGAGAACCGGCGGCGCUACGAGGAGGAGAUCACCGCGCUGGAGCGGGAGCGCGGGGUGGACGUGAGGUUCGUGCACCCAGAGCCGGGCCACGUGCUGCGUACCAGCCUGGACGGGGAGCAGCGCUGCUUCGUGAACGUGUGCAGCAACUCGCUGGUGGGCGCGCCCAGCAGCCGGCCAGGCCCGGGCCGGGGCGGCACGGCAGCAGGCAGCCACUGGUCCCUGCCCUACAGCCUGGCCCCGGGACGCCAGUAUGCGGGGCGCGAGGCCCACUACACCGUCUACGACGUGGUCUUCCAUCCCGAAGCGCUGGCGCUGGCCCGGAGCCACGAGCGCUUCCGAGAAAUGCUGGACGCCACGGCCCUGGAUGCGGUGGAGCAGCAGUUCGGCGUCAAGCUGGACCGCCGGAACGCCAAGACCCUGAAGAUCAAGUACAAGGGGACGCCCGAGGCCGCCGUGCUCCGCACGCCCCUCCCCGGGGGCGUCCCCGCCCGGCCCGAGGGGGAGCCGCCGAGUCUCCUUCCGGACGCACCCUACCCGUACCGCUACCCCGCGGCGGCGGAGAGCACGGCCCGCUCGCCCGCGUCCCCGGCCCCCGAGGCCCCGCGGCGGCCCGAGCCCACCGAGCCGCGCUGCACCGUGGUGCAGCGCCACCACGUGGACCUGCAGGAUUACCGCUGCUCGCGCGACGCGGCCCCCAGCACCGUGCCGCACGAGCUGGUGGUCACCAUCGAGCUGCCGCUGCUGCGCUCGGCCGAGCGCGCGGAGCUGGAGGUGAAGGGGAAGCUGCUGUGCCUGGACUCCCGGAGCCCCGACUACCGGCUGCGGCUCUCGCUGCCGUACCCGGUGGACGACGGCCGCGGCAAAGCGCAGUACAACAAGGCGCGGCGGCAGCUGGUGGUGACGCUGCCCGUGGCGCUGGCCGCGGCGCGCCGGGACUUCCGGGAGACGCCGGAAGAGCCCGCCGCCGACGCCGGAAGUGAGAGCGGAUCCUGCACUUCCGCGGCCGACCUGGAUGCGGCGCGGGAAGAGUCGGCCGACGGGACCGGCGGGGAGGAGAGCUGCGCCGCGGAUCGCGGGGUUGGAGACGCCGAAGGGGAGCUCGUUCCCGAGCCGGCGCGAGGCGUCGGUGGGGACUCGGUGGCGUCCCUGGGCCUCGGGGAAGGGGCUGCUCCUGGGGACCGAAGCCUCCCUCGCAGCGAAUUCCCGGGCCGCGACGCCGAGUCCCCUGCGGGAAGACCGGGAUUGUGCGGGGACCUCAGUGCCCAGACGAGUGUGGCGCAGGAGGGGACUCGCUACGACCCCCCGGGCCCCGCCAUGGGUUGCCCUGGGACCGAGAGCGUUGAACCACUGUGCCCUCCUUUACAGUGUAACCAGGACGAAGACUCCUUGACUUUGCUCAUUCAGGUGCCUGGGAUUCAGCCGCAAAGUGUAGACGGGGAUCUGAGCCCCCUCCGUUACAAACUGUGCUUCUGCACACAGGACUCGGGUUAUUCCUUCACUUUGCAGUUUGCUCCCGAGAAUAAGUUGGGUACCAAAGAACCCGAGCUUAGCAUUUCUUUAAACAAUGCAGUGGUGGUACUGGCAAAAUCUCCAGAGAGCCGCGGACAUUGGCGAGAGUGGUAUUGCGGCUUGAACGACGAUUCCUUGGAGGAAAGAUUAUUUGUCAGUGAGGAAAAUGUUGAUGAAUUUCUAGACGAGGUCCUGUGCUCCCCAUUGAAGCAGGCAAGGCCUCUAGCCCCGCCACUGAUUGAAGUUCUUCAGGUUACUGAUGAGCAGAUUCAGAUCCAUGCAGAGUUGCAAGAAUGCAGUGAUCCUGAUGGGCUUCAAGGAAAGGAACAAGGAGUCAAAGAAGGAUGUCCUGAAAGUGAAAAGGAAAACACCGAACGUUUCACCACCUCUACAGCUGAUUCCAAUUCAUCUGUAGCAGUUGAGGCACUAAAAAUAAGCACUUACGGAUCAGCUGUGGGCCUUCAACACAGCUGUCCUGACGGUCCUCACAUGCUGCCUGGAAAACCUCAGGGACUGCUGGCAACAAUGGAUCCUGAGUUAAUAAAAGAAAGCAGUACUACCAACUCAGCCGAGGAAAACAUAAAAGAGCCAGUAAUAAGUAAGGAAAAAGAAUUAGACGGAGAUGACCUGUCUUCAUUACCAAACAAAACUGUAGUUCAAAACCUACCGGACUUUGACAGUAUAAAAGAAACCAAUAUGCAGGAUGGUAGUGUGCAAAUUAUUAGAGACCACACGACUCAUUGUUCAUUCAGUUUUCAGAAUUCUUUGCUAUAUGAUCUAGAUUAAUUUUAUAUUGUUUUGAAAUUUAAAUGUUGAGUAAGAGUAAAAAUAUUUGGGACCUAAAAUAGCUUCUUUGUGCUUUUAACUGUAAAAUGAUUGUAUAAACAUUUACAGUUGAUUCUUGUGGGGAGGCUAGCAGCCUGUAAUCCCAACUCCUAGCGCUGGAGACCUGAUGGUCAGUUUAGGUCAGGCUUAGCUACAUGAGUUAGAGGCCAACCUGGACUACACCACAACAGCAAAGACUGGGGCAGGCCUCUAAUCCCAGCAUUUAGGGAGGCAAAGGCAGGUGGAUCUCUGUGAGUUUGAGGCCAGCCUGGUCUACAAAUUGAGUCCAGGACAGCCAGGGCUACACAGAGAAACCCUGCCUUGAAAAAACAAAAAACAAACAAAAAAAGCCUGUAGAUACUUUUUUUUUUUAGAUACUUUUUUUGAACAGUUUCCUUAAUUAUAGAAACUGUAAUUUUUUUUUCUAAUAGAAAUAUUUUUCUCAAGGACAGUUUUUUUUGUUUGUUUUUAUUUGCAAACACAUGGGCCACAACAUGCAUAUGGAGGUCAGAGGACAAUAUAUGUCUCAGGCAUUAAACGCAAGUCAUCAGCCUAAGUGGGAAGCGUCUUUACCCACUGAGCCAUACCUCUGGCCCCUUUGGUGAGACAGAGGUUGGUUCUGUGCUCUCUCUGUCGCCUGGCCUACCCUCUAACUUGUAAGCAGUCCUCCUGCCUCAGUUCUGAGUGCUAGGACUGCUGGCAUGCCCCAGUACACUGGGCUCUGAAAAUAGACCAUUGUGCUGCAAGUACGUACUGGCUUUUGUGUUCAGUUUUUCAAUAUUACUUUAUUAAAGUUUCAAAAUACA